GGCGAACACUGAACAUUGGCGGCGGCUCAGGGAGAUGACGUCAGGCGCGCGACUGACCCGGAAGCCAAGGACGGCCAUAGCAGCAGGAGGCGCGGGCGGCCGAUUGUUUUCUCAGGGAUGACUCAGUUAGGUGCCAUUGCAGCUUUGGCUGCUAGCCUAAUGGCAGCUGCUCUUUUUUCUGCAAUACACAAGAUUGAAGAAGGGCAUAUUGGUGUUUACUACAGAGGAGGAGCACUCCUGACAUCUACAAGUGGACCUGGUUUCCAUCUAAUGCUCCACUUCAUAACUUCCUAUAAAUCAGUACAGACCACCUUACAAACAGAUGAAGUAAAGAAUGUUCCAUGUGGCACAAGUGGAGGAGUGAUGAUUUAUUUUGACAGGAUUGAGGUUGUGAACUUCCUGAUCCAAAGUGCGGUCUACGAUAUAGUGAAGAACUAUACUGCAGAUUAUGAUAAGGCUCUCAUCUUCAACAAGAUCCACCAUGAGCUGAACCAGUUUUGCAGUGUUCACACACUUCAGGAAGUUUAUAUUGAAUUGUUUGAUCAGAUUGAUGAAAACCUAAAACUGGCUCUCCAACAAGAUCUGACAUCUAUGGCUCCAGGACUCAUCAUACAGGCAGUCCGAGUUACAAAGCCAAACAUCCCAGAAGCAAUUCGGAGAAAUUAUGAGCUCAUGGAGAGUGAAAAGACAAAACUGUUGAUUGCAGCCCAGAAGCAGAAAGUUGUGGAGAAAGAGGCUGAAACGGAGCGCAAAAAGGCUCUCAUUGAGGCAGAAAAAAUUGCGCAGGUGGCUGAGAUAACGUACGGGCAGAAGGUAAUGGAAAAAGAAACGGAGAAGAGGAUAUCUGAGAUUGAAGAUGCCGCAUUCCUCGCUAGAGAAAAAGCGAAAGCGGAUGCUGAAUGUUACACCGCCAUGAAGGUAGCCGAAGCCAACAAGCUAAAACUGACGCCGGAAUACUUGCAAUUAAUGAAAUACAAAGCGAUUGCCUCCAAUAGCAAAAUCUACUUUGGCAAAGAUAUACCCAACAUGUUUAUGGACCACGGUGCGACUCCCACUAAGUUUUCUGAAGGACAGGCAGAGGAGCUAAAAGUUGAAAAUUGGCUGGAAACAGGGGAAGAUUUGUGAAGUCCGGAACAGACAGAAGGGCAGCACAACCCCUGUCUGAAGCCAUCCAAACUGGCUUUUGGGCAUUUGAUGUGCGGUCUCUAUCUUCCAGGGAGUGGGGAACCAUUGAGCCCAUUGGACUAGGGGAAAAAAAACACUCUUUCUGUUCUGAAAAGACAGCCUGAAGAAGCACUGCAACAGACUCCUGACUUCAUCUUUCUUAGCGGUCAAGAUACACUGCCUUAUUGAUCUUUGUGCCGAUGGAGAGAGCAACAGUGAAUCAUGCUAAAAGAAGAGGCGGUUUCCCCAUGAUUGACUCUGCCUCCACUUCAAUUAGAUAAAGCAGGCUCAGAUUUAUUUUUGGAGCAAGAGAAACCUUUUCAUGUGAGAAACUCAACGAUCCCCUUAUACUUGUACGUAUACUAUAGGUCCACCCCGUAGGGAAAAAAAACAAAAACAAAUUUGGAGAAUUGAAAAAAGGACUCGCUCUCUCGUUUGGUGUUGGAAAAUUAGUCUUGAUAUAGCCCAACCUUAUUCCUUCUAAAAGUCUUGGAACUGCCAACUCCCCAGAAUGUAAGUUGCUGGGGAAGUUGACCGGGAAGUCUGUGAGUUACAGUCCCAAAUCUUCUGAAGGGCAUACGGUUCAGUAGGCUAAUAUUUUUUGGGACAAUAUGUUUAUGAGCAGAUCAUCUCUGCAUGUUGAAUUAUUUGCAUUCAUGAGCGUAGUCUCCAGUCAUUGGAUUUCACCAGUAGUCAGUGGCAGCCUAUUCCUUCAAAAAUAAAGGUGCUAAUUUUGAUUUUUUUAAAAAAAAAAAACACUACAGAUUAAAAGCCUUGGCAUGGAAACUUGGAGCAUUAAACAUUAACUAAAGAUAUGUCGAUUGGUGCUUAUUUCAAGAGCUGCAAAGCACAUCUAGAUCCAAGGUCCACCUUUCCACCUUGUAGAAAUUGGUUGGGACAGUCCUAGGACAAACGUCAGGUGAGAUGUUUCUUUUGCCCUUACAUUAAAGGCAGCUUUUCCUGGAGAAGGGCUUGUCAUCUGUCUGGAAGUUUCUUCUAUAAUAAGACGCAAUUCAUAGAGGGAAUCGGUAGAGAAGCUUAAUGUGAUUCUGGUUUUCAGCAGACGGUCUGGAAUGGACCUGGGUAACUACUGAUUCAAUGAUCUUAACACAAUCUACUAGCCAUAUCAUUGUGGUUCACCGGGUAAUUGGCAGCCCCUUUGCAGAACCCAGAUCAGAUUGAUCAAGUCUCAUCAGAUAGGGAUGCCUUCUGGCUUGACUAGUCUCCAAUUGUGCAGCAUCGGGGUCUCUCCUGUGCCACUGCUUUAUGGAUAAAAUGCACACAUCCAGCAUUGCUAUAUUCUAGAAGGCUGCCCUUUGAAGUGAUCCACAAGGAGGUGAAAUAGUUUGGGAACCAAUUCUUAACACUUUUUUUUCCCCCUGGGGCCAAUCCAGCAAGCAGGAAUUUAGUGAUGUCUCAGAUGGUGCUCUUAUUCUGUUAGGUGUGUAUAUUUCCAUUAAGAAUGGGGGGGGGGGGCGUGUUGCAUGUGUUCCUAGAAAUGGCUUGCUCCAAAAAACAGAUUGAGAGAACUUUCUGUCCCCCCCCCCCCGGAAACAGAAGGACUUUUUCAUUCUUCUUGUUGGCCUGUGCUAAAUAUUUAUCUUGCAUGGGCUAGUGUUUCUCAGUCUUACCAACUAAGAUGUGUGGACUUCAACUCCCUGAAUCCCCAGCCAGCCAUGAUGGCUGGUUGUGGAAUUCUGGGAGUUGAAGUCUACAUGUCUUGAAAGUUGUAAAGGUUGAGACAAAGUGAUAUAAAAUAUUCUGCUUUAAUCCCAAAAUUCUUGUAUUUGGGGUAAGAAUCCUUCUAGGCCUGAAAUCCUAUUUGUAAUCCAAACAGUCUGUAACAAAGGCCCCUUUUUUUUUCUGCUUGUAGUAGGGGAACCAUUUAAAAAAAAAUCACUGAUCAACGUUUACUGAUUGAAUAGCUGGUGUAUCAGUAGCAUAUAUUUUCCUUCUUUUAAGCUGUAGCAAGUAGGGCUAUAAUAUCUUGAAACUGGCAGAACCAAGAACUCCAGACCUCUUAAGUGAUGAUACUCAAAAGACUUUUGUCAUCUUAAGUCUAAUCAGUGCUUCCCACUGUAAGGUCAGUGCCCAGUAGCCACAAGGCUUGAAUAAGCCCUCUUGCUAAAUCAUCUUUUGUGCCUGUUCCAUAAUGUGUUAGGAAUGCAAGCUUUCCUAGGUCCUUUUUAAAGUAUGCUUUGCCUAUGCUGGACAAAGACCAAGUAAAAAAAAAAACUUUCUGAUUGCUUCUUGUUCUCUUUCCUUUUCUAUUUUUUUUCCCCAAACAACCUGGUCAAUUUUCAGUUGUCUUCAGCUAAGAUGUCCUGCACCUUUCUCGGAAUAUGCUAGUGAAAAAUCCCUCUUGUUCUGUCCCUCUGUUCCAUCAGCUAAUUGAGAGGAUGAUCUUUAUGGCAUGCUGGUUUUGAAUCUUCAUAGGAAAUUGUUAUCAGUCUGAUUAUAGUCCUUGGUUCUUGAAGUAUGACUUUGGGAGAGAGGUGUUUCCACAUUAACAUUUCUUUUUUCUCAACAUGCAAGCGAGAUUGAGGCGAGCCUCUUUACAAAACGGGGACCGCUAUUUAGAAUCCAUGGCCUGCAAACUAAAGGAGUCUCAGGCGCUUUGCCAGAUGUGCCUUAAAUUUCACAUGUGUUUUUUCCUUAGCCCAGGGCUGUCCAGCCUUGGCAACUUUUUAAGACCUGUGGACUUCAGCUCCCAGAAUUCAUCAGCCAGCCACCCUGGCUGGAGUUUCUGGGAGUUGUAGUCCACAAGUCUUAACAUUGCCAAGGUUGGACACCCCUGCCUUAGCGUAUUUCUCCACCUGCAGUUGCUUUUUUCCACAUUGUGUAAAGCUGAGCUAAUGUAACAUUCAGAUUUCUUCUGGAACAAAGGAAGCUGUAUGGAGAACAUCUGCCUGUUCCACUAAAACUGGAAAAAAAAGAAUCUUAGUAGCCAGCAUGACAGUGCUAAGAUACCCUUAAUUAUUAAUCCAAGGAAACUGCUUUAUCCUAUGAAUAACCUUUGCAUUAUAUGAGUUUUUAUGGAGGCGAUAAGACUUAUAUUUGGGUUGUGUUAUACUUAAAAUUGCCAGCACUAGAGAGGUCACACAAUUGGCCAGGUCAAUUAAAUAUAACAAUACCUUACGUGUGUAUCUGAUUGGUUGGUAUUCUUGAGAUACUAGCUUUCUGGGGAAUACAUUUUUAAUACAGGUGCAUUCAAUCAUGUGAACCCUCACCCUUCAAUUGACGGGAUAGAUGAGACACCGGUGUCCCAUUUUGUGUUAGAAUUGGGCCUUUACUGUGCAGCUGAAUUAAAUAGUGCUUAUGUACAAUACAAUAUAGACUGUAGGGAAAGCAGAGCAAAAGCAUGAAGUGUACUUCUUUUUGUGUGACUUCUUUUGUUGUGCACGAAUAAAGGCUUGCAAGAGUUAUAUGUCAUUACCCCCAAAUUCAUGGGGAGAAACCCAUUAAAUGUGCCACAGGCUUUCUCACAGUGCAUUGUUCUGAAUUGGGGCUGCUUGUUGAAGCCCCUAGAACUGCAAUAACAUCAGGAGUGUAGGUUUUUUUUACUAUUCUGAUUUAAAGACCAUUUCGGACCUUAUAAAGUAACUUGGCAUUCUUCCAUGUCUGAUAAAUGCAAGUCAUAAAACAUUAGAUCCUUUUAACAUGUGGCUUUGUAAUGUAUUCCUCUAUUCUUCAAAAAAUCCCGUUUCUCACUAGGACGAAACAGAAGAAGGAAUUAUUUUUUUAAGGAUGAACCCAAUCUGAGGCUAUAUCAAAUUAAUUCUGAAAAUAUUGGGACCUUAAGGCACCCAAGCCAAGGUUUUGACACUGAAAUAUGCAAUACAACAUUACUUUUCCUCAUUCUGAUAGUCUCCAGGUGUUAGGAAACAGAGGUGCGACACAUCUGGAGGUCACGGAAGGUGUAUACCACAGGGAAUUUGACUGGGCUGGAGGAGGUAUAUUAGAAAAUGUAUUUCUCUUCAUAGAUGUGCUUCUAUUUAUUAUACACUGCCCGGUGUCCAUCCUCAGUUACCAUUUGACCUUCCAGCAGCAGGUUUUUCAUGUGGACGUCACAGGUUUUUCCUUGUCAAUUGAAAGUACAGAAAGUUAGAAACUAAUAGUUCAGAAAUGGUAUGGUAAAAUAGCUUAGGCACUAAAAUGGGUCUGUAACGAUGUCUUAAUUUCUGAAUUGUACAGUUGGAUUUCAUUGCCUGAAUUAUGUCCAAUCUUCCAAUAGAAGAAAGGUACUAUUUUUCGAGCUUUCUUCCUAUUAAAGUUUGCAGACUCAAUGAUGCGUGCACUAGAAUAUAAAGUUAAUAAGCAUUCACGUAAGAUUUACGGGAGCAGUGGCAUUUGAUUUUUUUUCUUCAUGUAUAAAAGAUUAGGAUAUCUCUCUCUUUCCCUUUCUCUCUCUCUCUCUCCCCCCCUUCUCUCUCACACACACACUUUUUUAAACUAGUAAAUACUAAAUUCCAGCAAAGCCAAAGUAUAUUAUGUGACUUUUUAUAUGACACUGAUGUAUAAAAACAUGGCUUAGAAUAAAUCUUUAGGAUUUUUUAACUAUAUGGACUAACUAAAUGGAACUUUAAAGUUCUGUUCAAUUUUAAAAAAAAAGGCAGCAUUCCGUAAUUAAGAUGUGCAUGAUUUCUCCUGAUAAUUAUAUUCUGUCCAACCCAUUAAAUACUAGAAAUAUUGAUUUUUGUGUUCCGUCUAUGUAAAAGAAUGUGCGCGCAAGAGAGAACUGCUUUGUUAAAACGAGCCUUUCUCCACUGCUCACUCUUCAGGUUUUGAGCAACUAAUUUUUCUAUUUCCUUUUUUUAUCACCAUUGAACAAAAUAACGCUUAUUUCCUGUAUGCAAGGAUGUGAAAAAGGACUUUUACACUUCAAAUGAGCUCUCCACGGAAGGAGGCAAUCAUUGUUGCUGGCUUUUGGGACAUCUGCUGUUCCACCAUGCUGCUGUGCUUCUAAUCUGUUCGAUUGUUUCCUUAGAAAAUUGUGUAUUAAACUGCCGGUACAUUUUGAUAUUUAUUGUAAUGACUCAAUAAAAAUGUUCUUUGCUUUUAGAAUAA